UAUAAAAGAAAUGAAAAAUAGAGUUAGAGGAGGAGAGAGAAGAUGGAGAAAAAAGAGGAAGAGGUGGAGGGUGUGGCAGGGUAUUACGGUGGAGAAAACGAAUACCAAAGAGGAGUGAUUCCUCCUAACGCGGUGGUGGGAGUUCCCAAGGGCAUCCCCAUCCAACAGACUAUUUACAGGGACACUCCUGCUCCAUUCAACUGUCCUUAUUGCGGUACAACCGGUCUCACAACCCUCAGAUCAAAGCCCAGUCUGGCAGCUUUUGUUGGAUGCUUGAUACCGAUGAUGCUUGGCGUUUGCUUUCUUUGCCCUUCAAUGGACUGCCUUUGGCAUAAAUAUCACUACUGUCCUAAUCCUAAAUGUCAACAAAAGGUUGCUGAGUUUCAGAAAUCAGAUCCCUGUGCUGUCAUGGACCCAGUACACUGGACACAGGAGAGCUUUGCAUUCUCAUCAUAAUUCUGUUACUGCUAUUUUCUACCUUGUUAAGUCUCUAAACAAUUUAAUUAUCUCUUGCAUGUUUGUUAAUAUUAUUAUACUGUAAGGAGAAUCUGCGUGCUUUGUUUUCUCCUAGAUAACAAAGUAGUUGGAUGGUGUUGUUUAUGUUUGGUGGUCAUGAGGAGGAGAUAUUCAACUUCUCAUAUCAUGUUAAUUUACUCAAUACAUAUUACCUUUGAAUAUGAUACAA